AUGGCCGAAUCAAAAUUCGUGGCUUCUGAUUGGUCUCUACAAGAAUAUCUGCUCUGGAUGAAACUCCUAGAUACUGUGGAAAAAUUCUAUGGAAUAGCGUUAGUCCGUCAAGAACAUAAAUCGGAGUUGGUACAAUUCUUAAAGAAGCAAGGAAAAAGUGAAUCGGCCAAGUUAUUUGAUUAUUACAUCGAAAACCAAAGUGAAAAAAUUAUCAAUAAGUUAUAUCAAGAAUUGUUGGAGAGUUUGAAAGCUGACACAGAUUAUUAUAACACUUGCCGGGAAUUUAUAUAUAAUGAGAGCACUUCAAUGGACUUGAAGGAGGGAAAAGAGAUUUCACAGGAGACAUUAAACACGCUGAAAACGGCCUUUGAGAAGCACUAUCAGUUAUUUGAAGCAAUAGAUAAAGAUCCAACAGUAUGGGCACGUAUUAAUAAUACUGAUAAUAUAGAAAAAUAA